GGUGUCAGUGUUGUCUUGGCAGCGGAAGGGGAAGGACUGCAGUGACGCGCUCCUGUUCUUGAAGAUGGUCAGCAUGCCUCUAAGUGUCCAGGCGUCAGUGGCAGCGCUUCUCCUCCUCGCCACCGCCGCCUCGCCCAAGACUCUGGAAGGCUCCCCGUCAGCGCCCACUCAGGAGGAUUCAGACUCUGCAGGGGUUCUGGGGUUCCUCAGGAGCGUCGCAGCCUCCGCAAGGCAAAACAAAGACUGGGUAGGCGCGCUGGUUCUGCCCAAAGUCCUUCAGAAGGUCAAAGAGAAUGGAAAGGACAUCAGUGAAGCUCUGGGCGUGAGUGAGGACUUCAUGAAGCCUCUGGUCAGACUGCUUGACGAGGCACAGAAGCUGAAGGGCACGGGGUCCCUUGGCGGCGGCAAGGGUGGGGCUGCGGAGGACGUGCUCACCAACAGUAUCGAGGGAGGGGACGAGGACCUGACGAGUAGGUUCCUGUCCCUGGCUAAGGAUGUCUUCCUGGAGGAGUACGGAGGCCUGGACGCCCUCCUGCCACAGCCCAGCCCACAGUCUGCCGCUCAGGACAUCCCGGCAGCCCUGGCAGGACUCAACCUCACCUCCGUCAACCUGUGGGAGGUGGUGCGGUCGACGUGGGCGCGCGUGCUGUCCUACGUGGAGGAGCAGAACUCGCUGGAGUCGUUCCUGCAGCGCACGCCCGUCAGGAUCAUUGACCGCGCGCUGAGUCUCGGCGACGACCUCAACCUGGCCUCCUUCCUCGCCAAGAAGCUUGACCCGGAGUUCGCGGCGUUCCUGGCGGCCCGCGCCGAGCCGCUGCUGGGCCCGCUGCGCGACGCAGACUCCCUCGCCAACCUGACGCAGGUGGCGGGACUCGGCGCUGCGUUCAACUAUUUUACGUCUGAGCGCGUGAAGCACACCGUGUACACGCUGGCCGGGCUGCUCUCCGCCCACCUGGAGGACCGCGUCAGCAGCGGCUUGGCGCGCCAGGUGCUGGACCUCGUGGCGCGGGACAACGAGGAGCUGCGCCACUUCUACCACUCCCUGGUGGGCGGCGCGGCGCAGCCUGUCGGCGGCCGCUCCCGCAGGAACGUGCUGGACCACAUUGUCAGCGCCUUUGAGUAUGAGGACCAGCGGCAGGACGACGCCUCGCAGGACAGGGCACUGCGGCCCCAGGACCAGCUGGCACAGGAGGCCACCCUCACCCAGCGCGUGCAGGAGAUCCUGCCGCGCGACGGUGGCUACGGCAGCGGCUACGGUGGGUAUGGCGGCGGGUACGGCGGCGGGUACGGGUACGGGUACAUGAGCACGUUGGACCCUUAUGUGGUGCUGGGCGCCGUGGCGCUGGGCACGCUGCUGGGAUUCCUGCUCUUCAGGCUCAUCAACGGCACGCGCCGCGGUAGGAGGGACAUCGGGGACGGCUCCCUCUCACUUUGGCAGUCAGACCAACCCUUCUUCAGCAGCAGCCGCGCUCUGCGGUCAGCACGCGCCGCGCCAGAGGGCAGCGAGGGCCUGGCGCUAGACCCCGCCCUCCGCGGUGACGUGUGGUCGUCGGCGCCGCUGGUGGACGACGAGACUUCGACUGGCCUGUCCCUGCUGGAGGAUGACGUGGCGGACCACCUGAACCAGCUGUGGCGGGCGCACAGCGGCAACGACUCCUCCACCUGCGUGAGGGGCCGCCUGUGCAGCCAGCUGGCGGGGCCCGGGGCCGCACACGCCGGCCUGGCGCUGAUGCUGUCCUCCACUGCCGGCGUGCUGGGCGUGGCGGGGUCAGGCCAGCUGCUGGAUGACGUGACGGGCAGCCAGGCUCGGGGCACCACCUACUCCUGCCCCACCGCCGCCUGCUCCCUGCCACUGUAGUGAUCCUCCUCUCAACAGAGAACACACAACAAACACCUAUGUGAAGUGUGACUAUGCAAGAUUUCUCUAAGUCUCCCCUCUUAAUUACUUCAUUUUCUAUAAUUAGGUUAAAGAAUAUGCUUGUAGAAAACGAGCUAUGAAUUGGGCAACUAUAGCAAAGUGUUCCGGGCCUGGAGUUAGCACCGCUGCCUUGACGCUGGAGACCCGGCCAGUGGUGCUGUUAUGGCUAUGACACGGAAGAUUGCCUUGCUAUUACUCAAGUACCUGGCGUGUGUGUGUGUGUGUGUGUGUGUGUGUGUGUGUGUGUGUGUGUGUGUGUGUGUGUGUGUGUGUGUGUGUGUGUG